AUGGCUAUCGGUCUGACUCCGCCUGACAUUCCCCUGAACAUGAGUCGUUUUUGUGAGGUCAAGUGGCUCGAGGCUCCUUUCAUAUGCUUGACGUCCGAGUUCGUCCGAGCUCCUCUUGAUCAAAAUUCUGCGUCGAACAACAUCAUCCAAGGGGGCACGCCCACCAGUGAUCCACAAGCUCAAGAAUACUAUAAUGAUGGCGAGGAUGCGGCCGUCUAUAAUGAUCCUCAGCUCGCCGAGGACAACUUCUUGAUUGUCAUCAAUCCUGACACUCAGGAGGUGAGCGUGGCGGAUGGGGGUGUCACAACCACAUAUGUGUAUCCGGCGGAAGAUGCUCAGAAUGCGGAUCAAUUGGAUUACAAUGUUUUCGAAGAAGGCUACCCUCCUCAAGCCACCUAUCCGAACCUCGACCCGGUGACAGGAGUGGGGAAUGAAGGAUACGAUCUUGUCAUACAGUACCAAGAUGGCGAUCCUUACGUUCGAAACUAUCCUGAAGCUCAGGCAGAUACUGCUGCUGGGCCUACAGAGACGCCAAUUGAAAAUUAUCGAGCGCCUCGGGCUCCUCCGGAAGCUCCAAUCGCUCCGCCUCCACCUGCGGCACUCCCAGCCCCAGCUCCGGCGCCGCUCCCGGCCCCAGUUCCGGCGCCGCUCCCACCCCCAGAACCGAAACAGAAAACACCCCUCCUGCCACCUGCGAAACCGCAAGUUCCGCCUGCGGCCUCGCCACCUGCUCAAGGCACAGAACCGAAAGCACCUCCGCCCGUCGCACUGGCCCCGCCUUUAGCACCGGAAGCGAACCGGAAAGUCCCUGCCGUCCCCCCCGCGCAAGCUCCGGGUCCCACACUAGAACAGGGACAGAAAACACCUGUCCCGCCAACUGCAGCUCCGCCACUAGCACUCGCGGCUGCGAAGGGCUCCAGGCCAGCUGCUGCACUUACGGCCACUGCCGGAACGCCCGGAUUGGGUGUAUUGCCGACGCCGACCCAAUUGGCUCCGCAAGCAAUACUGCCGCCAGCUGCAAAGCCCAUGCCGUCGCCAGCUGAAAAGCCCACGCCGUCGCCAGCUGUCAAAUCGAGUCCGGCGCCUGCUGCCGGUGGACCUAACAUGCCAAGAACACCUCAGAUCCCAGCUGCGUAUCCUGCUGCGGUCGCACAGAAAGGUCAGAAUGCGCCGCUCCAAGCGAGCACGACAGCUGCUCUAGGUGCCCAGAAAGCACAACUUUCCGGCGCUCAACCUGGUCAGAAGGCCCCGACCACGACGCUGGGUCUAGUUGCGCAAAGAACGCAAGGCGCACCGCAAGCUCCAAGCACACCGACUGUUGCACCACAUGCCGCGGUCGGGACGAGAGCGCAGACUCUGCCAGCUGUCCCGGUCGCGCCGAAGACACCGGUCGCUCCCCUUGCUCAAUCGAAUACUCUAGCUCCGCCGCAAGUUCCGGCCCCACCGAAGACACCAGUCGCGCCGCAAGGUCCUAGUGCACCGGCUACACCCGCGGUGCAGAGAAUUCCAAUGGCGCCAACAGCUCCAGGACUGCCCAAAAUGCCUGGUGCACCUCCCUGUACUGUUCCCGCGAAAGUUUUACCUCCAGCGCUCCCCGCAGCUGCCCCUAGAGGCGCACCUUCAACGGCAGGUGUCCAGGUCGCCAAUGGAGCCGUGAAGGCGGGUCAAUCGAUCCCGCAAGCGAAAUAUCCAGCUGCACCGCCAAAGUCAGCACCACCUUUCAAGGGCGUCACGCUGUCGGCUCCCGUAAUUGUGAAACCCCAUCCCAUUGCCGCUAAGGAACUCGCCGGAGAAGCCCCAAAAAAUUCUUCGAGGGCACCACUGCCUCACGGUAAAGGUCCAGAUGGCUCCAGACAAGCGACACCAUAG